AUGGCUGAUGUGAAGUCGAAGAAAUACAAGGAAACAGUGAUCGAGCUUGACGUUGCGGGACCAAAAGUCGAAGAUGUUGAGGCGGGAAGAUCAAAAGCCCUUGCUCUUGCAACACUGCAUGAAGAACCCAAUUCUCGCAAUACCACACCCUUUUAUGUAGCACAACAUCCAACAUUACAAUCACCUACAUCACCAUUAUCUAGAGCAAAUUGGUAUGAGGUAUAUCGAGAACCGGGAAAAGAUCCAAAGCCACCAGAUCCGUCUGAUGUGAGUAUUCUCGGCUUUUAUCCGUUGGAUAUCAGUUCGUACAUUCGCAAUGGUCGAUUCACUAGCUUUCCAGAGCUGUUUGAGUCUCACUAUGUACAUGCGGUAAUACCAAGCGGAGGUGUUGCCUUGGGGCCUUUGGAGUCAUUGCCAGUCGAGCCCUCGAGGCGAAAUGCUGAGCUCUUUCAUUUCUUCAUCCAAAGAUUGUCGCCCUUCAUGUGCUCGAUAGAUGGCCAUGAUCCUCCUGCGACGUUCAUGGAUCAAUGGCUACCUUUUAUGACGCAGUCACCGAUCUCGAUAUAUAUCACUCUCCUCACAGCUUCUUAUUUCCAAGCUGCAACUCAUCGGAUCAAGGUCGAGAAUUCGGUUGAUGCUAUGGCUGCGAAAGGGAGGCUUAUUAGUUUGAUCAAUGCGCAUAUUGUUACUCAUAGCAAGGGUGUGAAUGAUGAGUCUAUUGCUGCUGUUAUGUCGCUGGCUUAUAACGAGGUUUGA